CAGUUUGCCUACAAAGUGCUCAACUGCAGGAAAGUUGCUGAUAUCUGCAGUCUGCGUUGGCCGGGAGUGAAGAAGGGCAUUGCUGCGCGAACUAACGAUGCUUGAGAUGCUGGAGAGACCGACACGCAUGGCAGGAGUAGCCUUCCUAGCAGUAUUUGAAUGUUUAUUUGAGUGUAUACGUACAUGUUAAAUCGAAGACAUGGUCGGGAAAGGCUCGGUACAGCGCGAAGAAUGGCACGCACCUAUUUUGGAACCAAACCGUGGCUGGCCCCCGCACCGGUUUAGGCCACCCGACGUACGCCCCUCCUGGCGGGCGCUAGGCAACACGUGGAAGGCUUUCAGAUAGCGCUUAUCAAUGGACCCACAUCCCAACUCAUACACGCGUAUAUUUGGGCACUAGGGUUGCUGCGGCUAAACCGUGCGCGCCCAAACACGCAGUAACUGCGGCUGCGGGGCUCGCGCGACCACGGGAAGCGCCUUGACCGACCUCGCUGUGGGUUCUGAAGUCCACUACGUAGCUAUUUAGUGUUGGUGCCGCCAAGCUGAGAAGAUUUGGCGCAGGACGAGGUGCCGGCUCACUCUCUUCGCACCAUUUCCGGCCAGCGCGCGCACUCGCUCGAUUCAUCUCGCGCGCUUGCGACAGAGAUCCGUGGCUACACAUGGAUUGCCAGCAGCGUACGGCCCUGAAGGCCGCAAUGCGGUGCGAAAGGUCACAGGCCGAGUGGGUUGCUGGCAACGUUCCGCCGUCUUGGACGACGUUGUCGGCCGGGACCAUGACCAGUGGGCGGCGGCCAUUGUGCCAGCAGCAGCAGCAGCGGUGGGUUCACCUCUCACCACCAGCACCGCCGCAACCAGUAGCAGGGGUGACAGAGGUAGCAGCAGCGGGCUUCACAGCAGCAGCCGGCGCGGCGGCGGGCCCUGUUGCUGCUGCCGGAGGCAAUAGCGAGGGCGGUAGGCCAACCCCUCGCCGGGCCAGCAGUAGCACUGCCGCCGCUCUCGAUGACCACCUACGUGCGAACAGUCCAAACGCGGCGCUGCUGGCGGCACACGUCGGCGCGGCGUCAUCAGAUGCCGUUGCCGCCGCCGCCGCAGGGGCGGGCGUGUCAUCGGGGUUUGGAUUGCAGCAUAUGCAGCACCAGCAGGGCGGCAGCGCCCGCCGCCGGCGGAGCUCAGAUCAUCACGUGACUGCUGCGGCGGCGGAGGGCUAUGGUGGUGGUGAUGGCAGUGGGGGCGCCAGAAGCGGAUGCAGUCUGAGUGGCGGCCGCGGCGGGGUUGCUGCCGCUGCUGCUGCUGCAGGCGGCGACGGCUGUGACGAGUGCGCCGAGUGUGUUGACUCUGAGGGCGAGUGGGAGGCGGUCGGCGGCGGGUCUGACGCCGCCUCAUCUGGCGGCGGCGGCAGCACGGGCUGUGACAGCAGUGCGAGCGAUGAAGACCAGUCGCAAUCGGAAGACGGAGAAGGCGGGGAUGAAGAUGAGUCAGCGGACAGCGAGGAUGACGACGACAGCGGCGGCGGUGGCGGGCCGCCAGACCGCAACCCGCACCAUCAUCAGCAGGCCGCCGCCGCCGCCGCCGCCGCCGCUGCCGCUGGGUGCGAGGGUGGCGGCGCUGCUGUAUCGGUGGCGUGGAUGGCCUCCCGUGUGUCGGUGCUGCACUCGGAGGUGCGGCGCCUGCGCAGCCGGGUGCGGAGGCAGCGCCGCGCGCAUGCUGCGCUGGUAGCACAGGCGGCGGCGGCGGAAGCGGCGAAAGCGGCUGACGCGGAGUUUGCUGCUGUGGGGCGGCGGCGGCAGGUGGCGCCUGUGCCUGAGGAGGAGGCUGCGGCUGCCAUUGCCGAGCACAGGCUGGCAUGCAACACCGGCGACACCACCACAACCACUGCCAGCGCCGCCGAUGACAACUCCCGCCGCCAGGGUACCCCAAGCAGCGCCGAGGGCGGCUGCGCCGGCUCCGCCGUCACAGACGGCGGCCGCGGCAUGAAGCGAACGGCGGACGCCGCCGGCCUGCCUUCUCCUCCUCCCCUUCCUCCUCCUCCUCCUCCUCCCGUAACGCCCGUGCGCCCGCCGCCGCCUGCGCCCGCCGCAUUGGCAAAGCUGGCGGCGCCGCCGCCGCUGCCGGUCCUGCUGCAGAGUCCGCUGCCGUUGCCCCAACACCGAGCGCACCCGGCAGUAGCGGCGGCGGCGGCGGCGGUGCCGGCGGCGGUAGCGCUGUCGACGAACUGUCACCUGCCGGCUUGCAGCAGCCACCCCAAGCACGUGCAGCCGAUGACACCACUUGCGACGCCGCAGCUGCUCCGUACAAGCUCGUCGCUUGACGCGCCGCCGCCCGCCGCCCGUGUGCCUUCCGCCGUGCCGGCGGCGGCGGCGGCAACAGUGGCGGCGGCAGUGGAAGCGGCGGCCGGGCCCGCCGCUGCGCUGAUGGCAGCCGCUCCUGCUGCCCCUGCCGCUGCCGCUCCAGCAGCUGCAGCUGCAGCAGCUCUAGAGCCGCAUGGGGAUGCGGCGGCGGCGGCGGCUGACGUGGCCUGCACGUCAUCCUGCUGCUUCAGCUUUGACGGCCUGGCCAGCAGCAGCCUCAUGCUGUUUGAUGGCGGCGGCGGCGACGAGGCAGAAGACACCGGGGCAUGCAGCGGCGGCGGUGACGGCAGGGGCAGCGGCGGUGGGGCCAGCACCUGCGGCCUAUCCUGGGUGGGCGCUGGCGGGCUCUUUCUAGGCAGCGGCGGUGGGGGCGGCGCAUGCCCGCCUGCGCUGCAGCUGCUACAGCCACCAUCGCAGCAGCUGCUGCAGCUGCUGCCUGACGGCGGCGCCUGCGGCUACAGCUGUGGCUACAGCGACGGCGACGGCAAUGGUGUCCUGGGGGUGUCGGCGGCGUGCGUUGCGUGCGGCGGCGCCGACUGCACCUCGUGCCACUGCUUCGCCGCGCUGACUGGCCUCAUCGCGCCCUCGCCACCGCCGCACCACCAUAACCAGCUCCAGCCGCAGGUCCAGCAGCAGCAGCAGCAGCAGCCACACCACCAGCUCCAGCCGCAGCAGCAGCAGCAGCAGCAGCAGCCAGGCGGCAUGCCGAACGAGCAAGCGGCGGCUGCGGCGUGCUGGGCGCCCGCCUCUGCUGCUGCGGCGGCGACGACGAUGGCGGCGGCCGCUGCCACGGGGGCCGAAGGCACCUGCAGCUCCGAUCAGCAGCAGCUGCUGCCCACUCCACCGCUGGUCAGCUUCCCGUCAUCACAGCCGCCGGCGCCCCUCACCCAACAGCAGCAGAAGGACCCGGCCGCCGCCGUGGAUGGCGGUGCGUGCGGUGCCAUGUGGAUUCCGCGCUGCGCCGCGCGCCGCAGGCAACGCAGCAGGGGCGGCAGCAGCGGCGGCGCGGCGCUCACCGCGCCUGCUGCCGCCGCCGCCGCCAUCACCGCCAACGGCACCCUGGCUGCUGCAGCGGAGCUGCUGGCCGCGUCCUUGCACCCACAACCGCCGGCGCCGCAGGCGCUGCUGCUACAGAACCUCCUGCACCCCAGCCUUCCCGCCGUGUCUAUCAGUAAGGAGCGGCUGAUGCAAGCGAUCCACGCCGCCGGACAGCUGCUGACGCUGCCGCUGGCCACGGCCAUUAGUAACCGCCUGGUCGCAGCCGCCGCUGUAGGCGGCGGCGGCGGCGGCAGCGCUGCGGUUGGCGGCAGCGAGGAGGCGGUGGCGGUGGCGGCGGCGGCGGUCGCCGCGGCGGCGGCGCUGCAGGGUGACGGCGGCAGCUCCGCGGCUCUGGAACUGCCGCAGAGCUGGACUGACUUAGUCAUGCAGGCGGCAGCCAGCAUGGCGGCGGCGGCGGCGGCACAUGGCGACGGCGGCGCAGCCGCCAGCGCGCCGGCGGCGGCCGUGCGCGGCGGCGGCGCCGCCGCCACCAGGCCACGGCCGGCGUUGGGCACGCUGCCCAAGCCCAUUCCGCGGCCUUGGAAGGACUUGUCGCCGCGGCAACAGAAGAUGGCUCGCAAGCGGCGCGCGCAGGCGGCGGCGGCGAUGCGCAAGGUCAAGGCGGAGAUUGCCAAAGCGGCCAAGGAGGCCGAGGAAGCAGCGGCCGCCGCCGCGGAUGCUGGUGAUGGUGGUGAUGGUGGUGCUGAUGCCGCUGGCGGCGCCGCCGAGGUCUGCGGCGCACCUCACGGCAUCGCGGCGGCGGCGGCGGGCACGACAGGCGCUGGUGCUAGUGCUGCUGCGGGUGCUGGUGAUGUUGCUGCUGGUUUUAGAGCUCGUGGUGAUACCGUGUGGCGGGCAGCUGGCGGCGGCGGCGGCGGCGGCGCGACGGCUGUGGCGGCGCGGACCGCCGCGGUGGUUGGCCGCAAGCCGGCGGCGGCGGCGGCGGCGCAUGCAACACCCAAGCACAUGGUGCCGCCGCCGCCAGCGGGGGCGGGGGCGGAAGGCGCUGCCGGUGCGGCUGUUGGUGUCAAGGCAAUGGCGACGGAGGAGGAGGCGGAUGCGGUAAGCAGCAGCGGCUCGCUAAGGCCUGGCGGCGGCGCCCAUGCCGCCGCCGCCGCCGCCGCCGCCGCCGCCGCCGCCGCCGCCGCCGCGGCAGCGUGGUGUCACGGCUGCUGGUCGCCGUCCCUCGGCGCCGCCGCUGUCGCUAGCUGGCAGCACCCGCACCCACACCCGCACCCACACCCGCAUCUGCCAGCGCUCGGCCACCUGCCGCCGUACGGUUCGGCUGCGGCUGCGGCGGCGGCGGUACCGCCGCCGUCGUUUGGGGCUGGCGGCGGCUGGCGCAGCCGCUCCCACCACCAGCACCACCACUACCUGGUGACGGCAACGACGGCGGCGCCGCCGGUGACUCACGCCCAGCAUGCUUGGCCUGCUCCGCCGCCGCCGCCUGCUGCUGGCAUUGCCGCCGCCGCCGCCGUGCUGUCGGCGCCAGGCGUGGCGGGUGCCGCGGCGGCGGUGCCGCCGCCGCCGCCUGCGGCGGGAACCAGCGCGGCUCCGCCGCCGCCGACGCCAAUGGCCGGGCAGCAGCAGCAACAGCAGCAGAUCGCUAUGGGCCCCACAGCCCCUCCCUCUUGCCACGGCCCCCUGCCGCACGGCAGUAACACAGCAGCUGCCGCCGGCUACAGCUGCAGCCCUCACGGCGCUGCCUCGGCUGCUGCUGCCGCCGCCGCCGCGUCGGGCGCCGCACCCUACCCUCACCCCUACCCUCACCCCUACCCCUACCCAUGGCCCGGCCACCCUUACGCCCCCGCUGCCGGCGCCAGCCGGCCGCCCCGGCCUGGCGCCUACGGGGCCCAGCAGUACCCGCCGCAGCCGCCGCCGGCUCAUUUGGCCCAUGCACAUGUGCCCUUCAUGUCGCCGCCGCCGCCGCCGAUGCAUCCUCACCAACACCAAGGCUACUACGGACCGACGGUUUCGGCCGCUAGACCGGCGCCUAACUUCCCGCCGCCGCCGCCGCACCCGCAACCGACGGCGCCGCCGGCGGGCUCGUUGUAUCCCGGGGGCGCCGGCGGCGCCUGGCGCCGGCAGAGCUGGCCAGCCUCGACGCCCGCCGCUGCAGCUGCCGCGGCCGCCCCGCCGCCGCCGGGUUAUGCCUACUGGCCGCCGCCGCCACAGCAACAGCAACAGCUGCAGCAGCAGGAGCCCUACGGUGCGCCGAUGCCCGGCCCUGCCUCGUGGCCGCCGCCUUCAGACGCACCCCAACACCCCCAUCCCCACCACCUGCAGCGGCACCCUCAACCGCACCAGCAGCACCAGCAACAGUGGGAGGCACAGCAGCUGCAACCACAGCAGCAGCAGCCGGUGACGCAGCCGAGGUAUCAGCAGCAGGUGCAGCAACACUUCUAUGGAGCCCAAAUUCCAUAUCCUUCGGCGGCUGCGGCGGCGCCCGCAACAGAGGCUGCACCGCAUCAUGCCUUCCCGCCGCCCGCACCGACGGCGGCGGCGGCCGCGGCCAACCUGCCCCCGCAGCAGCCCAAUGCCAUGGCGCCCGGCGCCGGAUGUUGGCAGCAUGGCGAGUGGGCGGCGGCGGCGGCGGCGGCGGCGGCGGCGGCUGCAGCCGUGCCGGAGUGUGGCAUGCCGCAGCCGCCGGCACCAUCGCAACAACAGCAACAACAACAGCAAGCCGUAGGAAUGGCGGGCAACCCAGCGGCGGCUGGACACCACGAUGGCGGGGUGUGGGGCUGGAGUGCGUUGUCGGUUGUGCCGCCGCCGCCGCCGCACCACCCACAGCAGCAGCCACAGCCGCAGCCACACCCGCAGGAGCAGCAGCCUCAUCAUCAGUCGUCGUGGGUAAAUGCGUGAAGGCAUGCAUGCGUGUCGUGAGCAAAGCGCUCGAGGCGCGAGGCCGUGAACAUAGACAAUUAAGUAGGACGAACGGAUGAUGCGAGGUGGGAAUGGGACACAUGCGGCGUUUGACUCCUCUGUGACUACUACUCGCACUGGCUGUUGCGUAUGAUGUGUACGGCACUGACGCCGAUUGCAUUAAUAAGACAGACACGGACGCAUGCAGCAUUUUGUGUGGGCGCUGUUGCGGAAGGACAGCCGCGCAUGAAUGCGACAAUCAAGAGGGCACGUGCCGUGUGGGUUUUUGACCGCACCAGAGCGGGUUUUUGUGCACCGGUACCGUACUCUCUGUGUGAGCAUUCAUGCAGGGCCGCCCUGGUUUCCCGCACUACUAAGCCCUUAGCUCAGGGGAGGCUUUAGCCAGUGCGGCAAUUUUCGGAGGGCUGUCUUCUUUUGGGAGGCGUUGCCGUAUUUUACAGGUGUUUUUGUUCCGUAUUUGGCGUGUGUGCGUGUCCGUGUGUUAUGCAUUUGUCUCACCAAACACAUACCAGUUCGAGGCUUCAGGCCACGGAGACGCGCGCUCAUGCACAUACGGUAUCGUGGUGGAUUGGAGUUGGGGUCGGGGUUGGGGUUGUGUGUUGUGUGUUGCAGGACUGAUGGGGCCCUGACGAAGACUCGUGUGAGCCCGCUGCAUGCAUAUCGGUAGAUUGUCAUAAAGCGUAUGGGCGAACGAUGUCAAUGACUCCGCGUUAGCAAGAGUGCACGAUCGCUGUAACGGGCAACUGCU